GUUAAAAUACAAGAACAUACACUAGGACAGCAUAUAAUAUUGUGUUAUAGUGAGCACAGUAUCUCCAUCGUAAAACCACUAGACUACUCUCUAGAAAUGCUGUCUGUAGUAUUACUAUGUUUGUGUUCAACAGUAGGAUACUUUCAUAUAAAACCAUAAUAGUGUGAAGUGAGACAGUUUGAUUUAAACAUCAUCCACGACUGCAUCAUCGUGGUAAAUAUCAUGAUAUAUCGGAUACUGUCUCUGUACUUGAAUAGAGAAUCCAGACUCAUAAAACCAGUGGAUCGUUUUAUGCUUCAUCAACAGUUCGUUUAAAUCUGAAUAUUAGGUACAUGCUUUACAUAUAUUAUUUGUAGUAAAUAAAUGAAUCGCAUCAUAGUUGAGCUCCCGCAGAGUUUUGCGUCCUUUGCGUAAGCGUGCCUGCGCACCUCUGCGAGUGGCCCAACUGCGCUGUUUGCGCAGCAGUGCCCGCAUCUUCGUACGCGCUUCGGUCACUCGCUCUCCGCAGUUCCGCGCCGGCGCAGCGCGUUCUUCCUGUGCUCGUCCUCCCUGUGCUCGUCCUCGGCCUCGCACACAACAACAAAGUAUAAAAUUCCCCCUUGGCUGUCGUGACAUCAAACACACACUUUCCCAGUGGAGCAGAACAGCACAUUAACGGUGGCGCUGCGUCUGAUUUUGCGCAUUUGAUUAGAUGAGGAACUUUUAAAAACGUUCAGGUGUGAGUGUGUGAGAUCCGUCUGAACUGAAACUUUAACAAGACAUGCUGGUCAAUUUACAGGAUGAAACUGAUGAAGGAAUCGCAUGACAAGAGCUCGAAAAAACACAGCAGCAGAGAGCAGAAGUGCACAUCUUCAUCUAAAGUGAAGCAGAACGGCGCUCACAGCUCAAAGAUGAAACCUUCAGAUGUCACAUCAAUAGACGAAUCUCUGCUGGUGUCUGUGGAUAUCAGCAGUAAAGUGAAGCAUACAUCUGGAGAAACGGAUGAGAUGGAUGUGAAUGUUACAGUAGGUCCUGUUGAAAGACAUCAGAAUGAUGGACACAAGAAAUCACAUUCAUCAGAGACGAUCAACAAACACAAGUCACGUUCAAAAAGCAGCAAAGAGCGUCACAAUGAGAAAGUGCAGCAGGACAGAACAGCAGACGUGAACAUCAAGACGGAAGAUCAUGACGGCUGUCAUUCAGCGGCUGACCCGCAGGCCAGUCCCCCUGUCAAGAUAAAGAAGAAGAAAGUCAAAGAUGAGAAGACUGAUGAGAAACACGACACGGCAGAUAAGAAUCACAGCGCCAGAAAGAAAAGAAAGAGUGAAAGUUCUGAACGGGACCAACCAGAGAAAAAGCCCAAAAAGAUGAAGACAAACGAGGAGAAGAAGAAAGAAAAGAUGAAGGAGAAGGGAGACGAAGGAACAGAGAAAUGGAAGUGGUGGGAGGAAGGCAAAUCUUCAGACACUCAGAAAUGGACGAGUCUUGAACAUAGAGGACCGUAUUUUCCUCCAGAAUACGAGCCGCUGCCCAGUAACAUCUCAUUUAAUUACGAAGGAAAACCUCUGAAACUCACUCCACAAACAGAGGAAAUCGCCACUUUCUACGCCAAGAUGCUUGAACACGAAUACACGACUAAAGAUGUGUUUCAGAAGAACUUCUUCAAUGACUGGAGAGAGGAGAUGACUAAGGAGGAGAGGAAGGUGAUAAAGUCGCUCUCAAAGUGUGACUUUACAGAAAUGCACAAAUAUUUUGUGGAGAAGUCAGAGGAGAGGAAGAACAAGAGUAAAGAAGAGAAGCAGGUUCUGAAAGAGGAGGCCAGUCGUCUGUUGGAGGAGUAUGGAUUCUGUCUGCUGGACGGACACCGCGAGAAGAUCGGAAACUUUAAGCUGGAGCCUCCGGGUCUGUUCCGUGGCCGAGGAGAACACCCAAAGAUGGGCAAACUGAAGAAACGCCUCCAGCCUGAGGACGUCAUCAUCAACUGCAGCGCAGACUCAAAGAUCCCAGAGCCUCCUAAAGGACACAAGUGGAAGCGUGUGCAGCAUGAAAACACAGUCACAUGGUUGGUGUCCUGGGUGGAGAACAUUCACGGACGACCCAAAUACAUCAUGCUGAACCCUAGCUCUAAACUCAAGGGAGAGAAGGACUGGCAGAAGUAUGAAACGGCCCGUAAGCUGAAGAUGAGUGUGAACUCGAUCAGGAAAGAGUACAAACGUGACUGGACCUCCAGAGAGAUGAAGACCAGACAGAGAGGAGUCGCUCUCUACUUCAUUGAUAAGCUGGCCCUGCGAGCGGGGAAUGAGAAGGAUGAUGAGUCUGCUGAUACGGUGGGCUGUUGUUCUCUGCGCGUUGAACACAUUUCUCUUCACAAACGCAUUGAUGGACAAGAGUUUGUGGUGGAGUUCGACUUUCUAGGCAAAGACUCAAUCAGAUACUACAACAAAGUUCCAGUAGAGAAACAGGUUUUCAAGAACCUGAGGCGCUUCAUGGAACACAAAGAUCCAGAGGAUGAUUUAUUUGACAGAAUCACAACGGUCUAUCUCAACAAAACCCUGAACGAAUCCAUGCCAGGACUAACAGCGAAAGUGUUUCGAACCUUCAACGCCUCCACCACGCUGCAGGAUCAGCUGAGGAAACUGACCACAGAGGACAUGACGCUGGAGGAGAAGAUGCUGUCCUACAACAGAGCGAACAGAGCCGUCGCUAUUCUGUGUAACCACCAGAGGGCAGCACCUAAAACCUUUGAGAAAUCAAUGCAGCUGCUGCAGGAGAAGAUCAAGAAGAAAAAGGAACAAAUUGAAGAAGCCAGGAAAGAGUUGAAGGAAGCCAAGCGCGCACAUAAAGAAACUCCCAGCGACAAAUCCAGCAAGCUGCUUGAGAAGAAAGAGAAGAAGGUUCAGAAUUUAUGUGAGCAGUUGAAGAAGCUUCAGUUGCAGGAAACCGAUCGGGAGGAGAACAAAGUGAUCGCUUUGGGCACGUCCAAACUCAACUACCUGGACCCUCGCAUCACUGUCGCCUGGUGUAAGAAAUAUCAGGUGCCCAUCGAGAAGAUCUACAAUAAAACUCAGAGGGAUAAGUUUGCUUGGGCUAUUGACAUGACCGACGAGGACUUCCAAUUCUGACAUCAUCAACAUCACAGCGACACAAACACACCUGACAUAAAGAUUUCAACUUGCCUUAUUAAUCUGUUCUAUCAUUAUUUGUGGUGUUUUGUUUUGAAUUUUUCUGUCGUGUGAAAUGUAAAAAGGAUCUAUUAAAUUCUACUGUAAAAUCACA